AUUGGUAGAAGAUAUCUUGGAAAUGGAUUACAGGGGAUUAUCAAGUUGGCGAACUAUGCGGUCCAAGAUUUAGAUUUCUCUUUCGAAUGGGAGCCCUGAUUGCCACAUCUUUGUCUGAGCGGCUUUAAUGCACAAACCGGAGAAUUCAUGCUAUCCAUGCAUAUCCAGGUCCAGCUAAUCUCCACCAAAUGCCUUGGGAUAAUUGAUUUCUUUGGUUGUAGUCUAUAAGUUGACAUUUGUCCAUAAUACGAAUCCGACAGGGUGGAAACUUAAAACUAUUGACUUCAUGUAUUAGUAUGGAUAUUGGAGAACGAAGCAGUAAAAUGCACCUCUACUUCAAUUUGUGGUGAGGGUUCUGAAAUUAUGAUGCUCCAACUACCAGCUCCAAAACAAAAACUAUUCAUCACUGUCGCUUGGUCUUUUGACCUUACUGUCCAAUUUUUGUAUCACCUUGAACACCGAUUGCUAGUGACUUUACACUUGCAUUUCCAGAAUGUGAACCGCAAGGCUGAUUGCGCUAACUGCCAAGUGCAAAAGUAAAUGCCUUGAACGUUCAUGCCCCACAUUUUUGUAUUCAUGCAGGCUUAAAACCCAACCUCUGUGAACCUGCCGUCCUCUUGUAAACAUUCAAAAUGCAGAGCGCUGCACUUGCUCUGUAUCCUUCAACUCCAUUCUUCAAACCUCUAAAUAAAAACACCAACCCCAGAUAUAGUCCGGUAUCGGACCUGUCUUCUCUAAAGCCAUUAGAUCUCAGUUCCAUACAUGGACUUUCAUGUCAAAAAGCUUGUUAUCUUUCUUCGUGGUCAAGCUUCAAUGCUCGAAUCCCUGAGUCAUUCCUCGUUUCAAAUGGAAGAUAUGACGAUAGUUUUAAGGUCAGAGAAGCAUUGGUUCCUGAAAACAUAGGUGAGACAAAGGAUUCUAGUGGUUUGUCUAGGACCUUGCAACUUGGAGCCAUGUUUGCAAUUUGGUAUCUUCUGAACAUCUACUUCAACAUUUCCAACAAGCAGGUUCUGAAGGUCUAUACAUUUCCAGCAACAGUUACAGCCUUCCAAUUAGGCUGUGGGACUCUGAUGAUACUUAUAAUGUGGGCAUCUAAUCUCUACCAUAGACCAAAGCUUUCUCGUUCACAGCUUGCAGCAAUCAUUCCAUUGGCUGUGAUUCACACUCUUGGUAACCUUUUGACCAACGUUAGUCUUGGGCAAGUUAAUGUCUCAUUCACUCACACUAUUAAAGCAAUGGAGCCCUUCUUCACUGUCUUAUUCUCAGUUCUGUUUCUUGGAGAGUGGCCUACUCUGUGGAUAUUAUCCUCCCUCAUACCAGUUGUAGGUGGGGUGGCUUUAGCCUCAUUCACUGAGGUAUCUUUUAAUUGGAUUGGUUUCUGCAGUGCAAUGGCUUCCAAUGUGACUAACCAAUCGCGUAAUGUGCUUAGUAAGAAGUUCAUGGUUAGAAAAGAGGACACCUUGGACAAUAUCAAUCUCUUCUCUGUGAUAACCAUAAUUUCUUUUAUCCUUUUGGUUCCCACGGCCAUUUUACUGGAAGGUUUCAAGUUCACUCCAUCCUAUCUACAAUCUGCUGCAAACCAAGGUUUGAAUGUUAAAGAGCUCUGCAUAAGAUCUCUUCUGACCGGAUUCUGUUUCCACAGUUAUCAGCAGGUCUCCUAUAUGAUACUGCAGAUGGUAUCACCAGUUACCCACUCUGUAGGAAAUUGUGUGAAGAGAGUUGUGGUCAUCGUCUCUUCAGUUAUCUUCUUCCAAACGCCUGUUUCACCCAUUAACUCCCUUGGCACUGCCGUGGCUCUAACUGGAGUCUUCUUGUAUUCAAAAGCAAAGCGAAUGAAGCCAAAGCCGAAGGCUGCCUGAGUUGUAUUUAAAAAAGGUGGCCAAUAUCUAAUCAUACAACAGAGAAUCUUAACUCCAAUCAGCUGAUGUAAAGUUUCUUCUUUUAUUGACAAAUGAUCAUAAAAUGUGCUACCUUUUGCACCCUUUUUUCUUUAAAACCAAAUGUAAACAAGUUACCCCUGAAAAGCCUUUUAGGUUGCAGCAAUGGCUAUUCAAUCAUAUUGGAUUUGAUCAAUUGGCCACCUUUUAAUCUCUUUCUGAUCUUAAAAUCCUUCCAAGGCAGGUCAUUUUCAUGUGCACUUUGGCUAUGGGAAACCAAAUC